AUGGCCUACCUGUCCGAUGUGGAUCUCGCAACGCUUCACAAGUCACGCCUCGAGGAGCGCGUACAGUACCGUCUUUCCUCGGUUUGGACGCGUGAUACGGAACCAACCCGGGAGCAGUCAUCGUUGGUGGCGUCAUCAACGCCCACUGCGUCAUCAGUGAUGUUCGGUGGUCGCGAAGCGGCCAAGCUUAAGGCUACCGGAUCCAGCACAAACAAUUGGAUGCCGCACGUUGCCACACGCGGUACGAACGAGUCCGAUUUUAGACACCCAAGAACUAGUGACAUAGUGAACAACAACGUGCCGGAGCAGACGUUCAGUGCCAGUAGUUCGUCGAUCGCCAGAGGAGGCUCUUCAGGGCUCAAGAGCAUUGCAAUGGAUCGGCCAAUCCAUCCACUGCAGCAUCAGCAGCAACAGUACAACUUCAAUGGUCAUGUGAUACGCCCUAGAAUAAGAAGUAGCAAUAGCAUGUCCAGCAGCAGCUCAACAGCAUCGAGCUACCAUCAUCAGCACCAGGCGGCAGGCAGUAGCAUCAGCAGCAGCAGCAAUGGCGGCAGUGGCAAACACGUCGAAUGGAGUGAUGACGAUCACCUGCACGACGAUGGCUACUUCUCGUCUGACACUCGCCGAAGACGGUCCGGCACAUGGCCGCGAACCCGAAGCUUGAAUGCACCGUCACCGUUCCAACAGUUUGGACCAUGCGGUCGGAUCAUGAAAAACUCGGCGAUGGUGAUGCAAAUCCAGGAUCCGGCCAGCCAACGGUUGACGUGGUACAAACCACCGCUGGCGGUGCUGGUCAUUAAGAAGGUUCGUGAUUCGAAGGUCCUGCAGCCGUUCGUUCAGCUCGUGGAGUGGCUGAUCCACGAGAAGCACAUGGUCGUUUGGGUGGAGGCCGCCAUCCUCGACGAUCCGCUGCUGACCGGCGAUAAGCGGUUCACGAAGGUGCAGGAUAAGCUGAUCUCGUUCAAGGACGGGCGCGAUGAUCUGACGGAUAAGAUCGAUUUCAUCAUCUGUCUCGGGGGCGAUGGGACACUGCUGUACGCGUCACUGCUGUUCCAGAAGUCCGUCCCGCCCGUAAUGGCAUUCCAUCUGGGGUCGCUCGGCUUCCUGACCCCGUUCCAGUUCGACAACUUCCAGGAGCAGGUGACGAACGUGCUCGAGGGUCACGCAGCGCUCACGUUACGCAGCCGGCUGCGGUGUAUCAUUGUGCGCAAGGACAAAACGGAACAGGAGAUUUCCACCUUCAAAUCGUCUCAGGAUCCAUCGACAAACAUCCUGGUGUUAAACGAAGUCGUCAUAGAUCGAGGCCUGUCGUCAUACCUGAGCAACAUUGAUCUGUUCUUGGAUGGGAAGCACAUUACCUCGGUGCAGGGUGACGGACUGAUCGUGUCUACACCGACCGGCAGUACGGCUUAUUCGGCAGCUGCCGGUGCCUCGAUGAUACACCCGUCCGUACCGGCCAUUCUCGUCACGCCCAUCUGUCCCCAUUCGCUCAGUUUCCGGCCGAUCGUACUGCCAGCAGGCGUCGAGCUCAAGAUUGCAAUUUCCCCGGACAGUCGAAACAGCUCGUGGGUGUCGUUUGAUGGACGGAAUCGCCAGGAGCUGCUGCACGGUGACAGUCUUCACGUUACAACCUCCAUAUACCCGGUGCCAAGCAUAUGCGCGCAGGAUCAGAUCGCAGAUUGGUUCGAUUCGCUUGCCGAAUGUCUGCACUGGAACGUGCGCAAGCGGCAAAAGUGUCUGGAUGAGCUGUCCGAUCUGACCGGCUCCGGGACGGAGGACAGCGGCAUCGACGACAUCGUUCGUGGCUUGGAGAAACUCGAGAACUAACCGUGAUCAGUACAGUAGAAGGAGGGUUCGAGGAGAGUAAGUGUGUCGGGAUUGUGUGCUAACGAACAAAACAUAACAUAACAUAUGCAUAUGAUGGUGCAUUGCUGCACUGCCGUACUCUGUGACAAAUGGGAUGAAGCAGUACAAAAGUGAUCGUAACGUAAAAGCAAUCGCAUAACCGUGUGUGUGUAUGUUUGUGUUGGUUCUUCAUGUAUUUAAAACGUUGCGCUAGGGGUGUGUGGGGUUAAAAGGAAUGUUGCGGAUCUCAAACAGUGAUGUGGAGAAGCUGGAAAGGAAUUAAUUCCGGUUGCACGCACCCUCUUUCGUUUGUAUUUUUGUGUGGGGCCGAUGUUAUGAGAUCCUCAACGUGGGUGCUGCAUUGCAGAGAAUGCAACCGAACCGAACCGAAGCGAAGGAUGUUUUAUUUUGGAUCUGAGGGCUUUUCUAGCGUUGUGCUAGGCGCUCGCUUGCAGAUUAUUUUUCGCUUUGAACAAGUGUGUUGCUUGUGAAUGAAGUGUGUUCAAGUAAAUUAAAAAAAAAACGCAAGAAAUUUGUUAAGAGUUCACAUGUUCGCUUGAAGGAAGAUGUUUAGUAUUCAGAAGCGGUGACAAUUGUUUGGUCGAAAGACGCUGGCUCGUUGGGUCCGAUUUGUUCGUGGUUUUGUUAAGUUUUACCAUGCUCUCAUAGAGAGCACGACGGGAGAUCAUACUUAAAUAUUGUACUAGAACGAUCCAAUAAGAGACGGUAGUUAAUGAUCAUUGCCAAAAAGCGAUGAUUAUGAAUAUUUAAAGGAUCGCUUCGGUAGUCAUUGCUCUUUCCGAGAGCCGUUAUGUGUUGGCUUGACUCAUGAAGGCCGCUCAAAUUCGCGUUUAAUUCAGCAAAACGCCAGCUCGAUGACACAAAAGAGUGGCACAAAUGGGUGGUAUACCCGAUAAGGCAGAAUGAAAGGUUACCGCCUUCCCAAUCGAGCACGGAGCGAAAGGAGUGUGUGGUGCGGUGAUGUUGUUUUAUUUUUUCGAUUUGUUUAGUUAUAAACCAAAUUUUGCUAGAAAUGAUGUCACCUUUUUUCGGAUAUUUUCCCGGUUGUCCGUAUCAUCGGCGUUACUGUUUAUAUUGUAGUGCUUGUGUGAGCUCGAUAAAGUAAUUAUUUGGCUAAUGCUUGAUAUUGUA